GAAGAAAAUGGCUUCCGGUCGAUGACAUCUGUACUUUUGUUGUCUCCAAACUUUUCCCUGUAUUUUGCUUUUCUAACACCUUCUUUUCACCCCAUAUUCUACUUCUGACAGAGUGCAACCCUAAAUACCACUAGGAUGCCUAAACAGAAGGCAAGACGCAGACAGACGGCCGUCAGGAAGAGACGCCUGUCACCGAAGGAAAACGCAGCUCGCUAUACCUCCAUCCAGGAGGCUAUUGGCUUGGGUGAUCACAGGCUUGUGCAAGACCUGCUGCAGGAUGGAGUUGAUCCUAACUACUUCCUGCAGAGUGGGUUUUCCCUGCUCCACCUGGCUGUGGCUGUCAACAGGGAGAGGUGUGUCAGGAUGCUGCUGGAACAUGGAGCACACCCACAUGUCGGGGACAGAAACCGUGGUUACACCCCGCUACACAUCGCGGCUACCUGCGGACAGAUCCGUAUUGCUCGCCUGAUCCUCGGCCAUGAGAACUGUUAUCAGAUUGCCAAUGCCACCAGCGACCGUGGACUUACCCCAUUACACGUCGCCACUGCCACAAACAAGAACUCUAUACAGAUGAUCACAUUACUGGUGGAAGGGGGUGCGGAAGUGAACGCUGCAACAGUUAACGGCGACACCCCUCUGUCUCUUGUGGUACGGUGAAAGAGACGGGUCUGUGCGAAGCAGCUGUUGGAGAAGGGUGCGGACGUCGAUGCACAGCAGGGCUUCCCACUCUGUUUCGCUGUGUUGAACAAUGACAAUGACCUUGUGAGACUCCUCCUGGUUCAUGGCGCCAAUGUGAACUUCCGAGGGAUCAGCCACGGACACACGCCGCUGCACCUCUCUGUCGUGGUGGACAAUCUCCGAGCAACACAGUUGUUGUACGAGUUCGGGGCUGAGCCAUACUGUUUGAACCAGAGUGGGAAGAGCGCUCUGCAACUGGCUGAACUUUGCAGCAGGGUUGCCAGGGACAACCAUCCAUGUUACACUUUUCUACAAGAGAGAAGUAGAUCGCCACGGACUUUGCAGGAAAUUUGCCGGCUGUAUAUCAGGAGGAUUCUGGGCAAGUGGAGACUCCAACACAUCAACGAUCUUCCACUCACCAAAGUCAUGAUUCAGUUCCUCAAUCACGAAUAG